AUGUCCGGACGUGGUAAAUCUAGCAAGGUUAGGGCGAAGGCAAGGAGUCGUUCCUCCCGUGCCGGUCUUCAGUUCCCGGUCGGUCGUGUCCUUAGACUGCUACGCAGAGGUAACUAUGCCCAGCGCAUUGGUGCUGGUGCUCCUGUAUACCUGGCAGCUGUACUCGAGUACCUGACUGCUGAGAUCUUGGAGUUGGCCGGCAAUGCUGCCCGCGAUAAUAAGAAGACCAGGAUCAUCCCACGUCAUCUUCAGCUGGCGGUCCGCAACGACGAGGAACUCAACAAACUUCUUGGCGGAGUCACCAUUGCUCAGGGUGGCGUGUUGCCCAACAUCCAGGCUGUGCUGCUCCCCAAGAAGGCAGAUAAGGUCAAAGCUAAGUAGACCUGCUUGAAAUUUCCUACAUCCCACAAAAGGCUCUUUUAAGAGCCACCUACUUUAUUCAAGAGUUCAACUUCCCUUAAUUCUAGAAUCAGUGGUCCUCUCUUACACCUGCAUUUAAAUUGAGAGCAGUUAUUCUCUGACAGAUUGGGGGUCAGAGACAUGCAGUCCCCAGCUCGUUUUCAGCUACCUUCAAAGUGAAUUGAAUAUUCAUGAGGGCAUUUGCACGGAAUAAAUUUAAUGACUAAUUAGGGCCUUUUUUGCAAGGCUGUAGCAUCUUAUUGUGCAAUGUUGAAAGUGACUUUCAAACAUUAAGAGACAAAGGUUUUCUUUUCUUACUCACAAUGGAGACAUUCUCAAUUUACAGCAGCAAAAAUUGAAGGGAAGAAAGUUGAAGAACAAGUAUUUGCAUACACACCAAAAAAUGAAAA